GCGAAGUUUUUUGUCUUGCAUCGAUGAAGGAAACCCUAACAACAUACACUAAUCUCCGCAAGCGAAAAGGUGAACACAUCUAUAUACCUGAUGAUAUUGUUUUCUCCAUUCUAUCUAAAUUGCCUAUUAAAUCUUUCAAGAGAUUUGAAUGUGUUGCUAAAUCAUGGUCUCUCUUAUUUCAAAACCAUCAUUUCAUCAACAUGUUCCGCAUUAACUUGUUUUCUUCUAAUACUCACCGUUGUUCUUAUUACGACGGAGCAUCUCUCCUUCUAAUGGUUUGUGACUAUGGACAAGAUAAAUACAAUUUAUAUUCUCUUUCUGGUGAGAGGUUUGAAAAUAAGGUUAAAUUAAAUUGCUCAAAUCCAUUUCAAAACCGUGUUUGUACUCGUAGUUUUGGUUUUGGUAGUGUUAAUGGUACACUUUGUCUCUAUGACGAUGGUUAUUCUGGCGAAACUGUAUUAUGGAACCCGGCUACAAAGGCAAUCAAGCGCCUUCCUUACGACAGUGAGGCAAUUAAGGCGAUUGAGUCAGAUGAAGAAAUUGCUAAUGAUUUUGCUAGUCUUGAUUUUGAUAUGCAUCUUCAUGGAUUCGGUUAUGAUGACCUUACAAAUGACUAUAAGGUCAUUCGUUAUGUAACUAUUACAGGUGAGCAUGCUGGUUACGGAUGUAUAUCUAUUGAUGAUUUGGGAUAUGUAGCUUUGUUACCUUUUUGGGAGAUAUAUAGCCUAAGAAGUAACUCGUGGAAGAGACUUGAUGUUGACAUGCCGCCCACUUCGUUGUAUCUAGAAGGAACUCAAGUCUACAUGGACGGAGUGUGUCAUUGGUUGUCUGAAGAAGAUUGCGUUGCUGGAUCGUGUUUGGUAUCAUUUUACUUGAGCAAUGAAGUGUUCAUCACAACACCCAUAACCGGUGAUGAAGAUGAUGAUGAUUUUGUAUUUAAAGCAUCGUGGAUAAACUUGGCCUUGGUAAAUGGGUCUAUUGCAUUGAUCUCAUAUCAUAAAGAUAUGACUUUUCACAUAUCAAUUUUGGGUGAAUUCGGUGCGGAGGAAUCCUGGACUAAACUUUUAAUUGUUGGACCAAUGCCUUGUGUUAAGCAUCCUAUUGGAACAGGGACAAAAGGAGAAAUAUUCUUCGUAAGAGAUGACGAAGAACUAGUUUGGUUUGAUUUAAGGAAAACGUUCCCUCAAAUGACUGUGGAGCUUGGUUUCAAAGGAGUGGGUGAAACUAGUCAGAUUAUUGUAUACAAGGAAAACAUUCUUCCACUUGGAGGAAUAAAUAAUUAGUUAUUUUUCUUGUUUUCGCUAGGAGGAUAGAAUG